AGUCGGUUAAGCGCCCAUGUGGCGAGACACGUCCUCGGCGCUCAAGGCGCUCACAUCCAGCCAUUCCCUCCCUGCAACCAUGAGCCUUGCCCUCAGGUUCGUCUUUGCGCUGCUGGCGGUGGCAGCAGCGCACGCCGCCUCCCUCUCAAUAGCCUCCCCUCGUUUUACUAUCACCGCUCCCGACGCGUCGCAGCUGCGCUCGCAACAGCUCUCGCUCACCGAAAAGCCGGAUGCGCUCACCUUGGGCCAGGCAGACGUGCUGAAGCUCACGUUCCAGGUCGUGGAGCAGGAAGAGGGCAAGGGCGUGCAGCCGCACCAGACGUUCCUGCGCUUCCACGAUGAAGUGACCGGCGAGGAGGGCGUGCAGCCGGUGCGCGUCACGCCGGGCGGGAAGGCCAAGUUCGAACUGAACAUGGCGCGCCCGCCUACCUCGCUCCCACCCACCACGACCAACCCCCUCAAGGUCUCCCUCAUCCUCGGGUCGUUCACGCACUCGCCCGCGCAGUACGAGCUCUUCGACCUCUACGUCCCCGCGUCGCAGUCGCCCCCGGCGCACCCCGACGAGGCCGCCUUCGCGCCGCGCCCCGAGAUCACGCACACGUUCCGCCCCGAGCAGCGCAUCCCCGCCAAGGCCGUCUCCGCGUUCUUCGCCGCGUUCGUCUUCUGGCCGUGGCUCGUCCUCGUCGGCUUCUGGUUCGAGAUCAGCCCGCGCGUCCCGCACCUGUUCUCCCCGCACACCCUGCCGUUCACCGUGUCGCUCGCCGCGUUCGAGGUCCUGCUGUUUUGGUACUGGGUCGACCUCCGCCUCGGGCAGGUCCUGCUCUACGGCGGCAUCCUCGCGGUGCCGACCGCCUUCGCGGGGAAGCAGGCGCUCGCGAAGGCGAGCGAGCGGAGGCUCGGUAGAAAAUGAGACACUUCGUCGUCUUGUAAUAGUCAUCGUGCAUUAUAUAUUGCUGUCGUCACCCGUG